AUGUCAAGGGUGCCGAGUCCUCCUCCUCCGGCAGAAAUGUCGAGUGGACCUGUAGCAGAGAGCUGGUGCUACACUCAGAUCAAGGUGGUGAAGUUUUCCUAUAUGUGGACCAUAAACAACUUUAGCUUCUGCCGAGAAGAAAUGGGUGAGGUCAUCAAAAGCUCAACCUUUUCAUCUGGAGCCAAUGAUAAACUCAAAUGGUGUUUACGUGUGAACCCUAAAGGCUUGGAUGAAGAAAGUAAAGAUUAUCUGUCCCUCUAUCUGUUGCUGGUGAGCUGUCCGAAAAGUGAAGUUCGAGCAAAGUUCAAAUUCUCCAUCCUGAAUGCCAAAGGAGAAGAAACGAAGGCAAUGGAGAGCCAGCGAGCAUAUCGAUUUGUACAAGGCAAGGACUGGGGUUUCAAAAAAUUUAUUAGAAGAGACUUUCUUUUGGAUGAGGCCAACGGACUUCUUCCAGAUGACAAACUCACUCUCUUCUGUGAGGUGAGCGUGGUACAGGACUCUGUCAAUAUCUCCGGCCAGAACACUAUGAACAUGGUGAAGGUACCAGAGUGCCGCUUGGCGGAUGAGCUGGGAGGACUCUGGGAGAACUCGCGCUUCACGGACUGCUGUCUGUGCGUUGCAGGCCAGGAGUUCCAGGCUCACAAAGCCAUACUAGCAGCGCGUUCCCCGGUUUUCAGCGCCAUGUUUGAGCAUGAGAUGGAAGAGAGUAAAAAGAAUCGGGUUGAAAUCAAUGAUGUGGAGCCUGAAGUUUUUAAGGAAAUGAUGUGCUUUAUUUACACGGGGAAGGCACCAAAUCUUGACAAAAUGGCUGAUGACCUGCUGGCAGCUGCUGACAAGUACGCUCUAGAACGUCUGAAGGUGAUGUGUGAGGAUGCCCUGUGCAGCAACCUGUCUGUGGAAAAUGCAGCUGAGAUCCUCAUUCUGGCUGACCUACAUAGUGCCGAUCAACUGAAAACUCAAGCAGUGGACUUCAUUAACUAUCAUGCUUCUGACGUCAUGGAGACAUCGGGCUGGAAGUCUAUGGUAGUAUCACAUCCCCAUUUGGUGGCUGAGGCGUAUCGCUCUUUGGCCUCUGCGCAGUGUCCCUUUCUGGGACCCCCACGUAAGCGACUGAAGCAAUCCUAAAGUCCUGCCUGUCACACCACCCCAUGUUUUUCUGGAAGCAGCAUCAGCUGUUGCUGCUGUAACCUUGACCACCAGGUAGACAGCGAAAUCUGUGGAGCUUUUACUCUGUUGUUGGGGGGAAGAGACUGCUUCGUGACACCCAGACUUUUUAAAACAGCACCAAGUAACUUGGGGAGAGGGGGGAGGGUGGGCCUGGGGCUCUGGGGCUGUUCAACCUAACGAAUCCCUGUCGCUGCAUCGUCUGUGUGUUCCCUUCAACUUGGCUGAGUCAAUUAAGUACAGGGUUUGGUUUAGGCACUGACCCAAGUCGGAAUAACCCAGCAGUGGUACUGGGGAAAACAACGUCUCUGCGUCUGGCAGCACAGAACAAAUCGUCAGAUGCCUGGAGCAAGAGGACAUUUUAGCUUUGGAGAGUGUUGGAGGGUUAAAAAGAGUUUCCAGUGAGGUUCUGGAAAGGAAGUACCUGAUGGGAGCUCCAGUAGUAUUUAUAUCAAAAAAAGAGAAUUUAAGUCUUUCCAGCUGAGCUAAAAACUGGA